AUGGAACUUGACCAGGAGCAUGUCGGAUGGUAUAAUGCCGACUCUCCCAACAUCGAGUCGUAUGACUUCAACCAAGAGGUUCUUGAUGUACAGAAGGCCCAUCAGGAGUACUUCGCUCCCUUGAACGCCGAGAAGCAGUAUCCGGUGCAGUUUCCUGAACAGCAUAUGAACAAGCAACCGGCUAUCGACAUGAUGCUCGAUCAACGCUUUUCAGUUGGCUCCUCUCGUGAGACUUCCUCGAUGGAGACUCCCAUGACGAUCGCGAAUACCGGGAUGCCAUCUGGCAAUCUAAUGCAAGUCGAUUCCACUGCAGCAGUUGAUCUCACUAUGGUUGAGGACGAGUUCGACUUCACUGAAGUUGAGAUGGCUAUGAAUAUGGACGACGAGUCGUUUGAUGCCUAG